AUGGCUCCACAGGAUGAGGUGCAAACUCAGGACAAACCUAUGCCCAAAGGCGCGCUUACACUGUCGCAAAUCAACGCGGAUGAAAUCACUUUCCUGGCCAAUCGUUUUUGGGCUCCGGAUACGGCCAACGUCCAUGAGCCCUACAACCCGCAAAUAAUAGAAGAUGUGUAUCGGAAAGAAAUUUGCGAUACGCGUCACUCCUUGCGGCGCAUCAUGAUGCUGGAGUUUAGUCAGUACCUGGAGAACUAUCUGUGGCCGAAUUUCGACGGCGAGCAGUCCAGCCGAGCCCAUCUGAUGUCGAUUGUCGCGAUGGUGAAUGAAAAGUUUCGGGAAAAAGUGGAAGUGUGGAAAGUGUUCGAAGGGAACGCGGAUCGGUUCGCCGUUUUUUUCCAGCGUGUGCUGGAGGCGUGCGUCGAAGAACGACCCAUCACGGCGGGAAUCAUGCGUGAGCAAACGGCCCUGCUCGUGUUUCUUAACCACUGCUUCAACAGCAUGGAGGUGGAACUGUGCCGGAAUCAGGCGAAGCGGUUAGUUUCUCUAGCCAUGUGGUCCUGCCUGCAGCCCCGAAGACGGGAGCAAGAGUUGAAUCAAAUCCCCGAAUGGCGCAAGUUCUGGAAGAAGCUGCAAAAGCGAGAGAAACCGGAGCAAAAAGCCAAGCUCAACUGGGAACGUCAUUUUUUGCAAAAUCUCAUGAUUAAAUUCAUUCGCAUUCUCGAAAGCAUUCCCGCCGACGGGCCCGUGUGUGAGGAAUCCGUGCGCUACUGUGAACGGUUUGUGGAGUUUUUAAUCGACUUGGAAGCGCUACUGCCCACGAGAAGAUUUUUUAACACCGUCAUGGACGACUGUCAUGUUGUGGUGAGAUGUUCAAUAUCCUCAUUGGUGAUGCGCGAAGAAGGACAUCUUUUCUCCCAGCUUUUGGACAUGCUCAAGUUUUACGCACGCUUCGAGAUAAACGAUGAAACCGGUGAUCCGCUCACCGAUCACGACAUGACGCAGCUCCACUACGCCAAGAUCAAGUCGCUCCAGAAGGCGGCGUUCGCCAAGUUCCCCAACCUGCGCCAGUUUGCGCUCUCGAACGUGGCCAACGUCGACACGCGUGCCUCGCUCGAGAAGCACUUCGGUGCCCUGGACUGCGGCAGCCUGCGCGAGAUCGCCUGCUACCUCAACCUGGUGCCGGACGAGCUGCAGCCACCGUUCGAAUGGCACCGGGUGGACGAGAAAUUCCUUCGGGAGCUGCUCAUUUCGCGGCACGAGCGGCGCGUGUCGCAGCUGGAGUCCCUGAACGAGAUGCCGCUCUAUCCGACCGAGGACAUCAUCUGGAACGAGAACGUCGUCCCGACGGAGUUUUACUCGGGCGAAGGGUGCCUGGCGCUGCCGAAGUUGAACCUGCAGUUCCUCACGCUGCACGACUAUCUGCUGCGGAAUUUCAAUCUUUUUCGGCUCGAAUCGACGUAUGAGAUUCGCCAGGAUAUCGAGGACGCCGUAAGCCGUAUGCUUCCCUGGCAGUCGGAAGAUGGGGACGCGGUGUUCGGAGGAUGGGCCCGCAUGGCACUACCAAUCCAAUCGUUUGCCGUGGUGGAGGUUUCGAAGCCGCACAUCGGCGAGAAAAAGCCAUCGCGUGUCCGGGCGGACGUCAGCGUAACGCUGAACGUGCGCAAGGAGGUGCAGGAGGAGUGGGAAAACCUUCGCAAGCACGACGUCUGCUUCCUGAUAACCGUGCGCCCCACGCGCCCCAUCGGCACCAAGUACGACUAUCGGGAGCACUUCGUGCCACAGGUCGGCCUGGUGCACGUACGGGGCUGCGAAAUCGAGGGCAUGUUGGACGCGAACGGGCGUGUGAUUGAGGAUGGGCUUGAGCAGCGACCGCAGCUGUCCGGUGAGCAGCGUACGUUCCGCGUGUGGCUCGAUUCGAAUCAGUACCGGGUGGAUAUGGAUGCGACGUUGCGGCAGGAAGGCGACGACGGUGGAGAGGACGUGUAUGAGGGUUUUAACAUCAUCAUGCGGCGCAAGCCGAAGGAGAAUAAUUUCAAGGCGGUACUGGAGACGAUCCGCCAUCUUAUGAACACGGAGUGUGUCGUGCCGCCCUGGUUGCACGAUAUCCUGCUCGGGUACGGCGACCCCGGUGCGGCCCACUAUAGCCGUAUGUCUGACCAAGCGCGGGUGCUUGAUUUCAACGAUACGUUCCUCGACUAUGAGCACGUGGCCGGUAGUUUCCCCGGGUAUGAGAUGGUACCGGUCGGAGUUGAGCCAUCGUCGCCGGAGAGCACACUGAAGCCACCAUUCCGGCUGACUUACGAGGAUGUCCCGGAGGAGGACGAUUCCGAUGAGGAGGAAAAGGGUGAGGAGGAAAAAGAACUACCGAAGCGUAUCCGUGUCGAAUCGUACCGCAUUCCACGCCGUGGCCCAUACAAAUACAACGAGCCUAAGAAGAACGCUAUCCGCUUCACACCGACCCAGAUCGAAGCGAUCCGUGCGGGUAUGCAACCGGGGCUGACGCUUGUCGUCGGUCCACCCGGUACGGGUAAAACGGACGUGGCCGUGCAGAUCAUUUCCAACCUGUACCACAACCAUCCGCAGCAGCGCACGCUCAUCGUGACACACUCCAAUCAGGCGCUUAAUCAGUUGUUCGAGAAAAUCAUGGCACUCGACAUCGACGAACGGCAUCUGCUGCGUCUUGGUCACGGCGAGGAGUCACUCGAGACGGAAAAGGACUACAGCCGGUACGGGCGCGUCAAUUACGUCCUUUCGAAGCGUAUCGAUUUGCUUGGGCAAGUCGGGCGGCUUCAGGAAUCGCUCGGCGUGACCGGUGAUGUGGCGUACACUUGUGAAACGGCUGGUCAUUUCUAUCUCUACCACGUGGUCGCCCGGUGGGAAAAGUUUCUUAACGAUUUCGAACGUCCGACCGCGGAAGAGGAAGCUGCUCGGGCCCGGUUCGAGGAGCAGUUUCCAUUUACACGCUUCUUCAAGGACGCCCCUCAGCCGCUUUUCGGCGGUGAGACGUACGAAGAAAAUAUGGAGAUUGCCCACAGCUGCUUCCGGUACAUUUCCCACCUCUUCACCGAGCUGGAAGAGUUCCGGGCAUUCGAAUUGCUCCGCAGUGGGCUUGAUCGGAGCAAGUAUCUGCUGGUGAAGGAGGCAAAAAUUAUCGCCAUGACGUGUACCCACGCUGCGCUGAAGAGGAAGGAACUGGUCACGAUGGGCUUCAAGUACGACAACAUCCUGAUGGAGGAGGCGGCGCAGAUCCUUGAGAUUGAAACGUUCAUUCCGCUGCUAUUGCAGAACCCGCUCGAUGGGUACAAUCGGUUGAAGCGUUGGAUCAUGAUCGGCGAUCACCAUCAGCUGCCGCCGGUCAUCAAGAACAUGGCGUUCCAGAAGUACUCCAACAUGGAGCAAUCGUUGUUUACGCGCCUGGUGCGACUCGGCGUACCGACGAUCGAUCUCGAUGGGCAGGGUCGUGCGCGUUCGAGCAUCUGCGAGCUGUACAAGUGGCGCUACAGUACGCUCGGUGACCUGGCACACGUGCACCGGUGGCCGGAGUACUGCCGGGCCAAUGCCGGGUUCGCCUUCGAGUACCAGCUGGUCAACGUGGAGGACUUCAAUGGGGUGGGCGAGUCGGAACCGAACCCAUACUUCUACCAGAACCUUGCCGAGGCCGAGUACGUGGUGGCGGUGUUUAUGUACAUGCGCUUGCUUGGCUACCCGGCCGAGAAGAUUUCGAUCCUCACGACAUACAAUGGCCAGAAGCAUCUGAUAAGGGAUGUCAUUGAGUCGCGUUGUGCCACCAAUCCGAUGUUCGGCAAGCCACACAAGGUGACGACGGUGGACAAGUACCAGGGUCAGCAGAACGAUUACAUACUGCUGUCGUUGGUGCGUACGAAAACGAUCGGUCACAUUCGGGACGUACGGCGUCUGGUGGUUGCGAUGAGUCGUGCCCGCCUUGGGCUGUACAUCUUUGGCCGGGUGGCAUUGUUUAAGAACUGUGUCGAGCUGCAACCCGCGUUCCGGUUGCUGAUGAACCGACCGCUGCAGCUGCAGCUGUACGCGAAGGAAACGUAUCCUUGCGAGAGGCGUCUUUCGGGUGCCGAAGCUACCAAAUCGGACGAAGAACCGGAAACAAUCAAGGAUAUGACCGAGAUGGCACAGUUUGUCUAUCAGUUCUACAUGCGCAAGGUGAACGUCAUACGGGAUGAAAUGGAAAAAAUGAAAGAACUCUACGAAAAGCAACGCCAAGAGCAGCAGGAGAAAAUGGACGAGCAGGUGAAGCAGUCCGACGCGGAAGCACUGGAAGCCGAAAAGCGAAAGCAACAGUUGGCCGCCGCCGCAAAGAAAGACUUUGCCCCGACUCCGAUCCGCAACGAGCUGACAGAACCGGAACCGGUGGUUAAUGAACGUCCACGUCGGGGUAAGAAGAGGCCAGUUGAUGGGGACGAAAAGGAGGAAACUGUAGCAGAGCAGCAAGAGGAAGAAGCGGUCGCAGUGGAUGAGGAAAAGCCUGUCAAAGAUCAAGAAGUGGAAGCCAUGGAGACCGGAACAGAAGAGGAAAGGAAUUCGGAGGAACCGGCUGCCGCUGUAGCAGAAACGGAGGAUUAAUUCCCAACUAAUGGUUAAAAGAUAGAAAACAAGAGGGGAAGACUUUUUAAUAAGAAUAAAUCAGCGUAACGUAAUGAUGAGGACAUUAUGUUAGUACCACUAAAACAACGUGCACAAUGAAAUGAAAUAAAUAAAGCACCCGACAUUUAAUACAAU